GCAGCGCCACUGGAUGGCGCUGUACCGCCUAAAAGACGGCCAGAAUUCGGACACAAUGUGGUGGAAUUAAUUCACUAAUCUUCUCUUUGUCCGUUUUCCUCGCUAGCUGCUACUUCUCACAACGGUUUGAAGCACACAGUGUUUGAUAGAUCUCUGCACUUAUACUGUAGAUGCAACAGAGCUCUCAUGUCCCAGAUGCCUUGUCUUCUGUCUUCGGCCCCUCCGACAACCCAGUGCAUGCUGGGAAUUGGAGUUUUAAGUUUCAGGUAUUAGCCAACUGAACUUUAAAGUAAAGGAUUCCGGUAUGUCAUCCAUCCUGCGUGCAAGAAGAAGAAAACCUCAUUGCCUCAUUCUGAACAUGUAGAAGAAAUGAUAGCAGAUCCGACAUUAGCUUCCAGAGAGUUAGUCCAAAAAGAAAAUUCCAUUGUUAAUGCCACCCCUGGCUCCACAGUUCAGGUACAAUGUAGGCUGGGAAGUAUAACCAGACAGAAUUCUGCUAGGGUCAGGCGGCGAUCAGAAGAUGAGUUAGAGAAUACUAAAAGGAGACAUUCUGCACCAGGGUGCUUGGGACAGAAACGCAUGCGUAGAGACAAUCUGAAGGAUGGAGGCAUUGAAGCGGUUACUCUGUUUGAAGUGGUUAGCAUGGGAGUGAAUGCUAUGCAGGAUGUUAUUGAUGAGUGGAUUGAAGCUUAUAAAAAGGACCGAGAUGCAGCUCUACUAGAUCUCAUCAGUUUCUUCAUGCAGUGCUCUGGAUGCAAAGGAAUAGUGACAGCAGAAAUGUUUCAAAGGAAGCAUAACACAGAGGACUUGAACAAAAUGAUUGAGGAAUUUGACGAGAACACCGGUUUGCAGUAUAAGAAGUUCAUGGCCUUCCCUUGGAUCCUCACGGUUACCUGGCCUCUGGAUAUGGCCAGCAGUGAUUACCCACUUUCUAUGCCGGGACCAUAUUGGAAGAAGUUUAAGUGCAACUUCUGUGAGUUUAUUGUGGUGCUCGUUCGUCAAUGCCAGUACAGCAUAAUCAGUGACAGCUACCUCAUGGACACAGUAAUCUCCCUGUUGACCGAACUGUCUGACUCCCAUGUCAGGGCAUUCAGACAUACUUGCACUAUGGCAGCACUAAAGCUGUUGACCGCCUUAGUAAGUGUGACACAGAACCUGAGUGUGAGUGCAGACAACACAGAAAGGCUAUUCAAGGUGGAGAAGAACAAAGUGUCAUCUGAAAGAACACGCCUCAGACUGGAGCAGCUGGAAGAGAAGACAAAAGAGCUACAAAACAAGCAGCAUGAAGUAGAAAAUAUGAUGAAUGCUAUCUUCAGGGGAGUUUUUCUCAAGAGAUACCGGGAUAUCAUUCCUGAGAUCAGAGCAUGCUGUAUGGAAGAAAUUGGAAUCUGGAUGAAGCUGCAUAGCAAUAUGUUUUUAAAUGACAGCUACUUAAAAUAUGUUGGGUGGAUGUUACAUGAUAAGCAACCAGAGGUUCGCUUGAAAUGUAUUCAAGGGUUGCAUGGAAUUUAUAGUGAUAAGCGUCUUAUUUCUAAAUUGGACCUAUUUACAAGCCGUUUCAAGGAACGCAUUAUCUCUAUGGCCUCUGACAAAGACCCUGAAGUUGCAGUACAUACAAUGAAAUUGCUGGUUCUUAUAUCACAGAAUUGUGAUGAUGUUUUGACUACUGAAGAUUGUAAAAACUUGUGCUUGUUUGUUUAUUCAUCACAUAGACCUUUAGCAGCAGCUGCCGGAGAGUUUUUAUAUGGAAAGUUACUAAGCUAUAGUCCACAGCAAGAGCAAGAUGAGCUAAAAACAGCAAAAGAGCAGAAUAUGACUGUGAUUACAACUUUAUUGCAGUUCUUCCACACCAGUGAGUUACACAAACACAUGGCAUAUCUGGUUGACAGCCUUUGGGACAAUGCAGGAUCUCUUUUAAAGGACUGGGAGUCUAUGACUGAACUUCUACUUGAGGAGCCAGGAACACAGGAUCUGAAUGACUCCCAGAAGCAGUCCCUAAUUGAGAUGCUGUUGACGUCAGUCCGUCAAGCCACAGAAGGACACCCCCCUGUAGGGAGAGGAAUGAACAAAAAGAAUUUUGCAGUGAAAGAAAGAAAAAUACAGAUGGAUGACUGCAUCAGACUCACUGAGCACUUAAUCGUUGCUCUUCCAGCACUUUUGGAAAAGUAUUCAGUAAAAGCAGAAAAUGUGGCCAAUCUUCUCCAAAUACCACAAUAUUUUGACACAGAUGUUUACAGAAAUAGUCAUUUGGAAAAGUAUAUGGACAUGUUGCUGAAGCAAAUGACAGAUGUUGUUGAGCAACACACACAUCCUGCAGUCCUUGAAGCCUGUGCCAAAACAUACUCUGUGCUCUGCAGCGAGGAGGUGGCUGUGCAUGUACUGGCAAAUAUCUCCAAAGACCAGCUGAUUGACCAAUGGACCAAACGGUUACAUUUGUUACUAGAAGACUUUUUCUGUGAGGGAGAGGGCCAGUCAGCUAGUAAAGAAGUUAACCACCAACUCUUAUCCACAUUGAAAAGAAUCACCGCCUUUCAUAAUGCCCAUGAUCUGUGCCACUGGGAUUUGUACAAAAGCAUAUUCCGGCUGCUUAGUGAUGGUUCUCAGCAAGUGGAGCCAUCUUACCAGGUCAUUGUUCAAGCUCUGCAGUGUGCUUUCUACGCUAUUCUGUGGCAGUUAAACCGGUGCUUUGAAGGCAUCACCUCCAAGGAGAAAGCUUUGGCCCAGAAAAUGCAAUUAAGAAGCUUUUUCAGGAUCUGUCAUCAAUACCUCAACCACAGCCACACUGAAGUGAAAGAACAGGCCUUCCUGGUGGUUUGUGACUUGUUAAUUGCUUGCAACUGCCAAUUUCAUUCUGGGGAGACUGUGGAUUUUACACCGUUUGUGCUUAUUCCCGACUCUGAGAUGCAAGCAGCUCUGCUUGGUUUUGUUCAAGUUCAUGUUUUCACUGAUGAAGAUCAACAGAGAAGAACUAAAGGCAGUGACAUCACUGAAGAUUCCAGUAAGCUUAAUAAUCUACAUAAAAGACGAACUCUGCUGGCUUCUUACUGUAAACUUGUUGUAAAUGGUAUUGUGGAAAUGAAUGGAGCAGCUGAAAUCUUUAAACAGUACAUGAAGUACUACAAUGACUUUGGAGACAUCAUCAAAGAGACUCUGAGCAGGACAAGACAAAUCGACAAAAUCCAAAGUGCUAGGACGUUGGCCCUCUGUCUACAGCAGCUUUUUCUUGAGGUAAAAAACGAGCAGGGCAUCUGUAACUACAGCGGCAGUUCAAGUAUGCACACACUAACCACCAUCAGGGAACUGGCACGACGCUUUUCUCUCACCUUUGGAUGGGAUCAAAUAAAAUCCAGGGAAUCCAUCGCCAUGAUGCACAAGGAUGGCAUUGAGUUCGUCUUUAAGGGAUUCAUCCAGAAUGGUGGGAUGCCACCUCCACCCAACAUUGCUUUCCUUACCAUACUGAGCGAAUUCUCUAACAGACUGCUGAAGCCAGAUAAGAAGACAGUGUAUGACUAUUUACAAAGAUAUACAAGUGAGCAGUCAGUGACACUGAAGGAUAAUGGCUGGCAUCCGUUGGUUUGCUAUCGAACAUCCUUGCUGGCUUGUGGCGAAGCUGAUGACUUGUGCUCUGUGCUGAGCUGCGAUACCCCUGGAGAGUCCUUACCCAUAAAUCCAAGCAGAGCAUCAUCCUUGAAGAGGAAUCUGUCUGAUGGAGACUCUUACCAAAAAACUAACCACCACAGCAGAGAGCCAAGUGGAAGAAACUCGGAGACGAAGCCCAAGCUGACACAAAAUUACACAGAGCCAGCAAUGAAGCAAAGAAAAUGUCUCAAAUCAAGCCCAGAUGUGAGAAGAGAGACCGACAGUGGUCAUCAACAAAUCACCAUGAAGACAAAGAAACAGUGGGAUGACUUGAAUGAAGAGAUUGACGUAGACACCGUAGAGAUUGAUACUGAAUAAUCUUUGAAAACUUUUGUACAUCACAAGUGGAAUCGUUUUGCACCACAGUUUUGUCUAAUCUGCACUUCUUAAAUGUCAAUAAAAUACUGAAAAAGCAA